AUGGAUCUCGAGACGAUCCGUGAGAGCCUGCCUCUCAUGCCUCGGCUCCGUCGCAUCACGUUGGAAUGCUCCGCAAUUGCAGCAUACCAAGUGCUUCAAAUGCUGCCGAAUGACCGCCAGUAUGAAAUUAUCAUGGACUACCUCCGCACGUGUUGGCCAUGGGCAGACUUGAUUCAAGCAGUCACUGCUCUGCUUCCUCUUGCUGCACGCCACCAGGUUGCAAUAGGGGCGUUUCGUUCAGCUCCUUAUGACCAUUCUACACCUGAUCAAUCCAUGUACGACGCAAUUGCGAAAGCCACGGCAGUAGAGGUACACCAUCACUGGCUAACUCGUCGGCCUAAUGCUACUCGCUCGGAGAGGCCACAUUUGAAAGAAGGUUCUUCGUGGACCGAAUUGCGGCUGAUGGUCUCGCUACCCCUACGUUUCACACCGCGGCCCUCGAUACACAGUUUGGACCCAUCAAUGAUACCGUGGGCGAAUCUUCGGCGACUUGCCAUCGAAUGGACCUUUUACCCGUCCAUGAAUGACUUCAUCUAUUCGUGUGCUCCUCGGCUCAGCCAUCUUCAGGCCUUGCGCCUGGAUGCAUUUCGUAAGAGGCACUAUCACGAAGCAUGUAGCUACGUAUCAGAUGGGGAGGACAACUCCCUAGGAAGACUUGCAGAGCACCCUUUCGCGAUCGAUUUCACAAAUAUGCCAGAACUGCAAGAGCUGGAAAUCAAUGGAAUAUGUAACCACAUCCCUAUCACGGAUCUCGUGGGCCCGAAUCUGCGCCGGCUCCGGCUGCAUUGCGAGAAUCCCAGGUUUUCGGUCUACGGCAAAGAGAGCCAGCGCAGCCACACUGACAUCAUCACGGCGGCGAAUCUCGCACCAAAUCUUGAGUGGCUGGAGUUGGAUAUAGGGAACAUCGAGAAUUUGUGGCAUCCCACCGCCAUCCCUGGCGUGGAUGUGGACGUCGAACAAUAUAUGUUUCUGAAUGCUCUCACUAAGUUUAGGCAUUUGCGAUUCCUCCGCCUAUUCCCUCCAUUCGCACCCAUGACCUCUCAGCCUGCGGACCACCGGGUGCCACAUGUUGUACCGGUCACGGAUGAUCAGGCUGUCCGCAUCUUCGAGCAACUGCGCCGAGAGUGCCCCUCCUUACAAAUACUGUCCAUCGCUGCAGCUCCAUCCUUCAGUGACGUUGACACGAUGCAUUGGGAAGUCACGCGACAAGGAGAUCAAACUGUCCUGACGACCGGCCACAUGAACCGAAAUUACAACCACUGUCAAACCUGGAUUGGCCAGCGGAGGGUACGAAGCGAAAUCAAACGCUUCAGCACGCCGCAGACAUACCUGCCCGACUCUGGUGGCUGGAUGCUCGAGCGAAAUGAUUUUCGUGUAAACCGUCCGUUUGCCUUCGCUGACGAGAUCUACAGAUGA